AUGCUCAUCGAUAAAGCAGACGCGGCGUACCCGGGGAAGUUUACUUUUACCAUGAACGAUAACGAGAUUUUGAAAAAAACCGUUCCGGAAGGACAAGGUUGGGCGAUUGAAAACCAAGCCGAAAAGCCGAUUCCGAACGGGGAAAACGCCUUGUGGAGAAAAGGCGCUUUCGAGGUUUUGAGAUUAGACACGAACGAGUUGUUGUACUCGAAGAAAGAGACUGGGAGUCAUUUGGUGGACGGGAAACCGGGAGGUGCGCUGGAUGUGUUCAUCGAGACGAAGAUGAAGGAUGCUUAA